CCUCUGCAACAAUGUCUCCCACCUGUUCCAGAGGACCAGCUGCCCCCUGGUUUCCCCACCAUAGACAUGGGCCCACAGCUGAAAGUGGUGGAGCGAACACGCACUGCCACCAUGCUAUGCGCUGCCAGUGGCAACCCUGACCCAGACAUCUCCUGGUUCAAAGACUUCCUCCCUGUCAACACUACCAACAACAAUGGACGCAUAAAACAACUCAGAUCAGGUGGUACACCAAUAAGAGGUGCCCUCCAGAUAGAGCAGAGUGAAGAGUCUGACCAGGGGAAGUAUGAAUGUGUGGCAACCAACAACGAUGGAACCCGUUACUCUUCCCCAGCUAAUCUCUAUGUCAGAGUGCGCCGUGUGCCACCACGAUUCUCCAUACCACCGACAGACAAUGAGAUCAUGCCAGGCGGCAGUGUCAAUAUCACAUGUGUGGCAGUGGGCUCGCCCAUGCCAUAUGUCAAAUGGAUGCUGGGCGCUGAGGACCUUACUCCAGAGGAUGAUAUGCCUAUUGGACGUAAUGUCUUGGAGCUCACAGAUGUCCGACAGUCAGCCAAUUAUACAUGUGUGGCCAUGUCAACCCUGGGGGUAAUAGAGGCUGUAGCACAGAUAACAGUAAAAGCAUUACCUAAGGCCCCUGGCAUCCCUGUUGUGACUGAGCGUACAGCUACAAGUAUAACACUGACAUGGGACUCUGGCAAUCCUGAGCCAGUGUCCUACUACAUCAUCCAACACAAAUCCAAGAACUCAGAGGACUUGUACAAGGAGAUUGAUGGUGUAGCCACAACUAGGUACAGCGUGGGCGGCCUGAGCCCUUACUCUGACUAUGAGUUUCGCGUGGUGGCUGUAAAUAACAUUGGAAGAGGACCGCCCAGCGAGAGCAUAGAGGCCAAAACAGCAGAGCAGGCUCCAAGCACUGCACCAAGGCAGGUCCGAGGUCACAUGAUGAGUGCCACCACAGCCGUCAUCCAGUGGGAUGAACCAGAAGAGGCUAAUGGACAGAUAAUGGGCUACAGAGUCUACUACACCAUGGAUUCCACCCAACAUGUUAACUUCUGGGAAAAGCAGAUUGUUCGGGGAUCAAACUUUGUCACCAUCCAGGGUCUCAUUCCCAAUAAGACAUACUACAUAAAGGUUUUGGCCUAUACGUCAGUGGGCGAUGGGCCUCUCUCUCCGGACCUGCAAAUAAUUGCAAAGACUGGAGUUCCUUCCCAGCCGACUGAUUUCAAAGGAGAGGCCAAAUCAGAAACCAGUAUUUUACUUUCAUGGAAUGCUCCACCACAAACUGGACAAGAAAAUGCAGUCACAGGAUAUGAGCUGAUGUACCGGAAGAAAGAUGACAAAGAGGAGAAACGGGUCAGCUUUGAACCAACAACAACAUAUCUACUGAAGGACUUGAAGCCCUUCACUACUUAUUAUUUUCGGCUUGCAGCCCAUAGCAAACAUGGAGUUGGAGCUUACACCAGUGAGAUCUCUGCAGAAACUCCACAGACACAACCAACAGGCCCACCUCAGGAAGUCAAGUGCUAUAGCCCCAGCUCCACCAAUAUCCUGGUAAGUUGGAGGCCCCCCCCAGUGGAAUUACAAAAUGGGAUUAUAACACAAUACACCAUCCAGUAUGCUGCGACCGAAGGGGAUGAUCCUGCUACUCAUCAAAUCUCCAGCAUCCCACCGGAAAGCUACCAAUUCCUUUUGGAAAACUUGGAAAAAUGGACAGAGUACCGUGUAACAGUCACUGCUCAUACAGAUGUUGGAGCAGGACCGGAGAGCCUUCCACAGCUCAUCCGAACAGAGGAGGAUGUUCCUAGUGGGCCACCUCGUAAAGUCGAGGUGGAGGCUGUCAACUCCUCAUCAAUUAAAGUGAUCUGGCGUUCUCCGAUGCCCACCAAGCAGCACGGUCAGAUCCGAGGAUACCAGGUGCACUAUGUCAGGAUGGUUAAUGGGGAGCCUACAGGACAGCCAGUCAUCAAGGACAUACUGAUUGAUGAUGCCCAGUGGGAAUUUGACGAUUCUACUGACCAUGAAAUGAUCAUCACAGAGCUGCAGGCUGAGACCACAUAUUCAGUUACAGUGGGAGCCUAUACCACAAAGGGUGAUGGUGCACGCAGCAAGCCAAAACUAAUAACCACCACUGGUGCAGUUCCAGAAAAACCUCGACUUAUGAUCAGUACAACCAACAUGGGCACGGCUCUCCUCCAGUGGCAUCCCCCAGCAGUAACACACGGGCCCCUGCAAGGUUAUCGCCUUCGCUUUGGCCGCAAAGACGUGGAUCCUCUGACUGUUAUCGAGUUCCCAGAUCGAGAGAAUCACUACACAACCAAGGAGAUACAUAAGGGAGCCUCUUACACUUUCCGUCUUUCAGCUCGCAACAAGGUGGGAUUUGGUGAAGAGACGGUCAAAGAAGUGACAACGAAUGAGGAUGUUCCAAGCGGCUACCCGCAGAACAUUAAAGCAGAGGGUGCCACCACCUCCACCAUUCAGGUUAGCUGGCAGCCUGUUUUACUGGCAGAGCGAAAUGGCAAAAUAGUGAAAUACGUUCUGCAGUAUAAAGACAUCAACAGCCCACGCAGCCCCUCAGAACUCCUCAUCACUGCUCCGGAAUCAACCGUCACCCUGGAUGGCCUUAUGGCAGACACCACUUAUGAUAUUAAAAUGUGUGCCUUCACCAGCAAGGGUCCUGGUCCCUAUAGCCCAAGUGUCCAAUUCAGGACACAGCCUGUGGAUCAAGCAGUGUUUGCAAAAAACUUUCAUGUGAAAGCUGCUAUGAAGACAUCAGUGUUACUUACAUGGGAGAUUCCAGACACUUACAACCCAGCACAACCUUUCACAAUCCUCUAUGACAAUGGGCAGAGCGUGGAGGUGGAUGGGAAGUUAACAGAAAAGUUAAUCACUGGUCUUCAACCUGAGACACAGUACUCGUUCCUCCUAACCAAUCGUGGAAACAGUGCUGGUGGUCUGCAGCAUCGUGUGUCUACCAUGACAGCCCCAGAUGUCCUCCGCACUAAACCCUACCUGAUUGGCAAGACAAAUUCAGAUGGCAUGGUGACUGUCGAGCUACCAUCAGUGCAGACAUCUGAGAGAGUUAGGGGAUAUUUUAUUGUAGUAGUACCUCUCAAGAAGCAGCGCACUGGGAAGUUUUUCAAACCCUGGGACAGUCCAGAUGAGAUGAAUUUGGAGGAGCUGCUGAAGGAAAUAAACCGAACAAGCAGAGGCCUUCGGUUCCAGAGACACACUGAACCCAAAGCUUAUAUUGCUGCCUACUUCAAAGACCUGCCCAAAGAGUUCACCCUGGGAGAUGGGAAGACCUAUGGGGACUUUGAAAACAAGCAACUCCAGAGUGGCCAGGAGUACGUCUUCUUUGUGCUUGCUGUUUUAGAGAUGUCGGAAAACAUCAUGUACGCCACCAGUCCAUACUCGGACCCGGUCGUUUCAGCGGACAUUGAUCCCCAGCCAAUCAUCGAUGAGGAAGAGGGCCUCAUUUGGGUGGUGGGCCCUGUGCUUGCUGUUGUUUUCAUCAUAUGCAUCGUAAUUGCCAUCCUCCUUUAUAAAAGAAAAAGAGCAGAAUCCGAGGCAAGAAAAGGUAGUCUACCCAACAGCAAAGAAAUGCCACUUCAUCAUCCCACUGACCCAGUUGAACUCCGACGUCUCAACUUCCAAACACCUGGUUCAGGUGUGCCCAGUCACCCCAGUAACCUCCAUUUGUCAAGUAUGGCAAGCCACCCUCCAAUCCCUGUCAUGGACUUUUCGGAUCAUCUGGAACGCUUGAAAGCCAAUGACAACCUAAAGUUUUCACAGGAAUAUGAGUCCAUCGACCCUGGUCAACAGUUCACAUGGGAGCACUCAAACCUGGAGGUCAACAAACCAAAGAACAGAUAUGCCAACGUGAUUGCCUAUGACCACUCCAGAGUCUUACUCUCUGCUAUUGACGGUAUCCCUGGAAGUGACUAUAUUAAUUCCAACUACAUAGACGGCUACAGAAAGCAGAAUGCCUACAUUGCCACCCAAGGAUCUUUGCCAGAAACAUUUGGUGAGUUCUGGAGGAUGAUAUGGGAGCAGAGGAGUGCCAUCGUUGUUAUGAUGACCAAACUGGAGGAGAGAUCCAGGGUAAAAUGUGAUCAAUACUGGCCUACGAGGGGAACGGAGACCUAUGGACUCAUUCAAGUAACACUGCUAGAUACAGUAGAGUUGGCCACAUACUGCGUCAGAACAUUUGCACUUUUCAAAAAUGGCUCUAAUGAGAAAAGAGAGGUGAGGCAGUUCCAGUUCACUGCCUGGCCUGACCACGGGGUACCAGAGCACCCCACUCCGUUCCUGGCUUUCCUGAGACGGGUGAAAGCUUGCAAUCCUCCAGAUGCAGGGCCCAUGGUGGUGCACUGCAGUGCUGGGGUGGGACGCACAGGUUGCUUCAUCGUGAUUGAUGCCAUGCUCGAACGUAUCAAACACGAGAAGACAGUGGAUAUCUACGGGCAUGUAACAUUGAUGCGUGCCCAGCGCAACUACAUGGUGCAGACAGAGGACCAGUAUGUCUUCAUACACGAUGCGCUCCUGGAGGCCGUCAACUGCGGCACCACCGAAGUGCCCGCCAGAAACCUAUUUGCCUACAUCCAGAAACUGACACAGAUAGAGGGUGGAGAAAAUGUCACUGGCAUGGAACUUGAGUUCAAGCGUUUAGCUAACACUAAAGCCCAUACAUCAAGAUUCAUCAGUGCCAAUCUCCCCUGCAACAAGUUCAAGAACCGUCUUGUAAAUAUAAUGCCAUAUGAGUCUACACGAGUGUGUCUUCAGCCCAUUCGAGGAGUUGAGGGCUCCGACUACAUCAAUGCAAGUUUCAUUGAUGGAUACAGGCAACAGAAAGCUUACAUUGCAACACAGGGACCACUGGCAGAAACCACAGAGGACUUCUGGAGAAUGCUCUGGGAGCACAACUCCACAAUAGUGGUCAUGCUCACCAAGCUAAGAGAAAUGGGCAGGGAAAAAUGCCACCAGUACUGGCCUGCAGAGAGGUCAGCCAGAUACCAGUACUUUGUGGUGGACCCCAUGGCCGAGUAUAACAUGCCCCAGUAUAUUCUGAGAGAGUUCAAAGUGACUGAUGCCAGGGAUGGACAGUCAAGGACAGUCAGGCAGUUUCAGUUCACAGAUUGGCCUGAACAAGGAGUACCAAAAUCAGGAGAGGGUUUCAUUGAUUUUAUUGGUCAAGUACAUAAAACUAAAGAGCAGUUUGGCCAAGAUGGUCCCAUCUCGGUCCACUGUAGCGCUGGUGUUGGUAGAACUGGAGUUUUCAUCACCCUCAGCAUUGUCUUGGAACGAAUGAGAUAUGAGGGCGUAGUAGACAUCUUUCAAACAGUGAAAAUGCUACGGACACAAAGACCAGCUAUGGUGCAGACAGAGGAUCAAUACCAAUUCUGCUACAGGGCUGGCCUGGAGUACUUGGGAAGCUUUGAUCACUAUGCAACGUAAAAGAUCCAGUAUUGGAAGAUAAAAGCAGAGGGCGCUUUGGAAAAAGAAAUCCCAGUGAGCCUCUCUUCUGAGCCAUAAAUUCCUGCUUGAGAAAGUACUCUUUAACUCCUUGCUAACAACUCAUUAAGUGUUGGAUGUGCGACAUGACUUGUCUAAAAAAAUGAAAAAGAUGAUUCCCGGAGGACCAAGUAUUUCCCAUCCCGACUAAAACCUUGCCUUGGCACAAAGUGAAGGAAUCCUGACUAUUGAAGCAUCAUACAGAAUUACCUUUUCUUUGGCUUCAAGGAUUCAUUUUGGGGCUCAUAAAACUGAAUGAACCAACACAACAAAAAAGUAAAUGAACAAAUAAAGACGUUGUCAGAAAUGCAUCGGUGAUUACGAACCAGAGAGACAUCGGAGGCACACAAAGUUAUGGGGGAAAAAAACUCAAUGCACAUUGUAAAGAAAAAAGAAAAAAUUCUGUCCACAGUAAAGUCCACACAGACAACCAAUCACAAAGCAAGACAAUGCUUGUUCCACAAGAGCAGGACACAGACUUAAAGUAAUAAUAAACACCCCAUUUCCUGUUACAGUGUUCAUCAUCUAAAUUUGGGGAGAGGGUUAAAAUGAUCUAUGAAAUAAAUAAAAAAUCAUUUAUUUAGUUUUGUAGUUCUUUAUUAUACAGCUGAUGUGCUUUUUUUGAACUGUGUGAAUUUCCUUUUUUACACAAAGUUGUCACUUGGUUAUAAGUGAUGAAAAUGUACUUACAUAAAUGUUCCUCUUUUUUUUAAGCUGUAGAACUGUUCUAACAAAUGUGCUGUUUUGCAGAGAGUCUCUUUGCUAAUUAUUAUUUAAUUGUUUUGCCCUCAUUUUGUUGCACAAAAUUCAUACUACAAAAAUAUAUGUUUUGGUCUAUAUUGUUUUUGUGUUAUACUUUUUUUUUGUCCACGAUCACAUACAUAACUUAAUCACUCCCAUGACAUAAACUGGGCUUUGUGGAAUCAACAGGGAUGAGCAAAGUAUGAAGUUGCUGCUACCAAUUAUCUUAGUUCUUCCAUGUUACAAUGAUUAUAAGCAUAUAAGCAAGAAUAUGAUGGAUAGGUUGAAAUAUAUAUAUAAAUAUAUAUCAAAUUGCGUACAUACCGUUAAAUAUAUGUGAAAUAUGUACAUCAAAGCAUAUAUAUAUAUAUAUUAAUAUAUACAAAUAUAGAGCAUUCUAAAUAUAUUGAUAAAGAACAUAAUUUAUAACUACAUGAAAUCUUGUCUAUGAAAGCUUUCAAAUUGGGAGUUGUGUCCUAUGUAGGAAAAGAAGAGGUUUUUCACUGGAAUGCACAUCAGUAGGACAAACCUGUAUUCUGAUUCAGUGCAUCAUUUCUUGUGCAAUAAAUGUGUUUUAGAUGGAGGGUUAGAGAGUUUUUAUGCAGAUAAGUUUUUCACUCAUAUAAUAUUGCUCCACCUUCAUUACCAGUUGCUAAUCAAAGCAUCACUGGUGCAUUUUUCAAGUUCCCAUAUAGUUUUCUAAUUAGAGAGAGUGGUCUCACGGUAACACUCAGUUCCACACAAUAGAGCAAGGUACAAAGACUUCACUUUCUUGUGGUUCUUUAAAGCAUUCACUGGUAAUGGCAUUUUCAUUCAUUUUGCAUUUAGAGUGCCUUAUAUUUAUGCCUGUUUUUAUAAUGUUUAAUUUACCAUGUUUAGUUUUCAUGUAUUCUUUGAGUAAUCUUGCCAUCUAGGAUAAAUGUCAAUGUAUAGUUUAUUUACGUUUUAUAUUCAUUUAUCACAUGGUGAGAUUAUAUAUGCAAAUAAGAACAUUGCAAAAGUUAUGCGUUUCAUUUUCAGUGGCCUUACAGUGGCUGAGGGAUUUACAAGAAAACAUUUUAUACAUCACUAAAUCCCACAGAAGACAGUCCACCUGACAAAAAGCCACAAUGCAUCUGGUAUUCAAAAUAUUCAAAUUGAGUCAGUACUUCUACAUACAAGUCUCAAAACUGAAAAAAACAGAGUUAUCACUUCAUCAGUACCAGUUUCAAGGCCAAAACUAAAUUUAAUCAGCUUUUAUCCAGCUGUUCCUUGGGUUAUAUUGGAAGACAGUUAAGAUAAGCACACAAUUCCAAUAGAUUUGGUGAAAGGGUGCAUAUUGCACCAAUUGUCACAGAAAGGUUUCUUUGUAAGCAUCACCGUAGAAAACAAAUGCAGAGAGAGAAUGAUCUGUCCUGAUAUUCUGACAAUCCUAUACAGUGCGCCAUGAUCUUUUUUGUGACUUAGCUGUUAAAUACAGAAGGUUUAAAUCUGUCAUAUUUCAACCAUCAUCUUAAGCACUAUCUUUAACUUCUCCAUACCUUCUCUGAUGGCUUUGUGGGAUGUGCAUUCCAGGUGCUUUCUUUCCUUUGUUAACUAAGGCAGCAUAUUUUUUUGUUUCUGUUCUACCAUGAUUUCCGUGUCAUGUUUUCCAUCAUUUUGAAAUAUAAAAGUGCUGUUAUUUAAACUCAUUGUGGAUAAUGUAACAUUGUGUCCAAAUCUAAGAACAUUUUGAUUUCUUUCUUUUACAUUAAAAUAUUAAUUUUUCAUAUGCAUGGUGAAACAUUGCAGAGUGGCCAAGGCUGGCCAGUAGGAAGACUUGCACUUUCUCUAUCUUUGUACUAUGCACUGCCCUCUUGAUUCUAAACCCAAUAAUAUAUUACUUGAACCCAUCUAUAAAAAAGAAUCUCCUCAAAAGUUCACUUUGUGUGUAUGUAAAUAACACAAAAAGGUAUCAACCCUUGAAAAAAGACAAAAAAAAAAGUUUGUGGCGAAAAAGAGCAUCUAUUUUGAUGCCAUGGUUCCUCCAGCAGAUUACUUCAGACAAAUCUUUCCCCCAACCAUCUGUUCUUGUGGCUUUGCCAUUCAAGCUUGGAGUGUCUUUUAACAGAAAUAAACGUUGUGUUCUCUGCUCUCUAUCUAUCUCGUCUGGAUGCAUAGACUGAAAAUUAAAUAAUGAAAUUGUAAAAAAAAAAAAAAAGGCUUGUUAAAAAGAUCAUACAAUUACCUCUGAUUAGUUGUAAGCGUAAACUGUUUCUUUUUUUGAAUGAAAGGAGUGCUUUUUAUUUUCUUACUUAGGUUACAUUGGUGGCGAAAAGAAGUCUGUAUGAAAAUCAGUUCUUUGCUGACACAAGUUCCAUUUGUUAUAAAUGAAUUCUAUUAAAAAAUGUCAGUGUUAUGCACCAGUGUUUCACUUGUUUCCCUCCACCUCAUUUUGACUUGAAAAGACUGAUGAAGCUAUUUUACCCCCUACCAGUCUUGGUCCAGCAUGUGAGAUGGGGUGGGGGGGUUUCCAAGGGGAAAUUGAGUCAAUACAUUUGAAUGUCUUUCCAUUUCUCUGCCUUUUCUGUUUUUGUUGCUCACCACAAUGAAUCAUCAGGGGAACCAUUGACAAGUAAGGUCCAGUGUGUUCAAAAUUGCUGUGUUUUUAAAUACAGAUUUUGUUCACCCGAGUGACAGUGUUUUUUUCCUUUACAACUUUCAACCUCAUUUCAGAUCAAUUCAGCUGUGUAUUGCAGUGGAUUGUAAAUAACUGUAUUUCAACCGUUGUUCAUGCAUUUGUGUUAACAAUAGAAUAAGGCUUCUAAAGUUGGUCAUCUCAAACAAAGCACUGUCAUCCAUUCAUAGAAUUGUAUUUUGUUCAAAAUAUACAUUAGAGAGUCUUUUUUCAUGUAUUCAGUUGACAAAUCUGUUGAAGC